CUGAAAUGUAAUUUGUUUAAUUGCAAAUCAUUUGAUCCCACACCAACAUCAGUGAAAAAAUGAACAUGAGAAUGUGUUUUUUGUUAAUUUAUUUGAAAAUUAAGUUUAAAUCUAAGAGGGUGCAUCUCCUGUGUAGUUUACCACUAAGGGGUUCGGAUGUCAAUCAAAUUUGGGAAGCUCCGUCUCAAACUGAAGAGAGGGGUGUCAUGAUCCAAAAGAGCACGCGGCGCUCAAGAGUUUGUAAUAGAGACAGAGAAAAGGCCCGUCUAUCGCCUCCUGCAGGAGAAAGGAAGAAUGACGAGGCUGAGCUGUCCUUUGUGACACCGCAAGCAGAAAGAUGGCACAGAGAAAGAGAAAACAGACAAAAAAGAAGCAGCUAAUCCGUAUAAAAGUGUAAAGGAACUAGAAUGAAAGCUGAGCCUUGGCUGAAGGAAAAGCAAAAGCUUACAGCACCUGGUAUUCCCAGGCGAAUUCUCCAAGUACCUAAGCGAUCGUCAGCCGUCCAAUGGUUGAGCAAUGCUGAGCAGAGCUCAGUGCUCAACAGACCAAUCAUUGAGCGAGGAUCGGUAAACGUCAUCCAGCUGUAUGAGCUGUUUUAAAAAUACUGGCGGCCAUUGAUGAUCGAUUGGACUGUUUUCUUUACUAUCAGAUGAAACAUGGAGAAGCCUAGACAUCGGUGCAGCGUGUGCCACAAGACUUUCACUGAAAAGUCCAACCUGACGAGGCAUCUGAAGAUCCAUGCCGUCGCCAGGGAGACCUUUGACUGUGAUGUCUGCAGGAAGAGCUUGACCACCAAAUCAUCGCUGGUCAGCCAUCAACAGAAAAACCAGUACCCCAACAUCGUUUUGUACUGGCAAGGAGAGGCCAGGCUGCAGUGUACAGAGGCAGCAAAGUCUGUGGCAGAGGCCCCCAGCACCGUUGAUGACCCUACAUGGCUGGAUCCCAAGACAGCAGAGGCGAUGGCCAAGAGGUCCGGGGGUGAGCUGUGGAAAGGUCAGCUGGUCAUCGUGUUCGGGAAGUACGCCGGUCAGACCUUCAAGUGGCUUCUAGAAAACGAUGUCGGCUGGCUGGUGUGGUUGCUGUUCCAGUACUGCCAGCAGGGAGAGCAGAACGAGCUGCUGAAGUGGCAGAAGGAGCGACUGCUCGCGUACGCCAGAGAGUUCCCUCCUGUCACAUGGCACCUUGACAGGAGGUUGAAGGUGUGUUACAUGUUGGAUUAUCCAUUUCAUCAUAGGUUCUAUCAACUGUUAUUGAACUCACCGACAGCAGUUGUUGUCCGCGUACACCACCUUUGGAGCAGGAGCGUUGGCAUGGCGAAAGCGGGUGACCAGACCUCUGGCAAUGCGUGUGUAGCAGCCCUCGGACUCGAACACCACCACCACUGUGGUCAAGAACUGACCCCACUCAUUCAGCACGCUGGUGACGUACUGCAUGGUGCCCUGGAUCUUCUUGAGAAUCUAUAAAAACAAAGCAGAACAUUGAUUGCACGGUGUUUAUCAACAGUCAGUCUGCUCCAUAUGAUCACAAGUACUUUAUGCUGUACAUACCUUCCUCGUGCCGUCGAUGCACAAGAUUUCCCCAGUCGUACUGAGGAUUUGGUCCCUGUACACGGUCAUCUUCUCCAUCUCCAGAAUCAGGUGUGCACACCUCAGGACCCGAGCAGACGGAAGUGGAGGCGGGGCGAUGGGAGGGGUGUAAGUGCCGGUUGCUCUGGCAAACGACAGGAUGCUUUGCUGAGAUGAAGACGAUCCAGCCGCCGACGUGUGGGCAUCGUACAGGAGAGUCUGGUACAGGUCCCGACGCUCCACGUACCACUCAUCGUAACCCUGCUGCAGCAGCCUCUGCACCUUGCUCAUCGAGACAGCGUUGAGUCGGUCGCUCAUCAGGCUGACCACACUCCUGUCCACAGCACGCUUGCCGCAGAUUAUGGCCGGGAACAUGAUUCUGACUGCCGGGGCGAGGUUUAUUAGAAUUUUCGGACUGUACGCCAGCCAGGUGUACUGCUGCUGGGAACGGUGGGCACCGUCCUCCUCGUCGUCGUUCGGGUGCGCCUGGCUCGGCUCCUCCCUCAGCUUGAGACAGUGUUUGCACAUCAACCUCUCAGUCAGCAGGGUGUAAAGGAAGUUUAAGCUGUACACUUGCCUGGCGUAGCUGCCGUACCCUCUCUUCUCCAGGUAGUAUUCUGGCGGUGCGGGGCAGUUGGUGUUGGGUAGCGGAUCAAUGCCUUCAUCACGCCGACCGGGCGCCAGAAGAAGGCAGGGGUGGUGAAGAAGGAGAGCAUGUUGGGCACAGCUCCCUUGACAGCCAUAGGAGGUGGUGGCGGGAGGAACUCCAUCUUCUCCUUAAAGAGCUUCCUCUCGGCCAUCUCUCCCCUGACAUUCUUGUACCUGGACGCCCUCUCGAACAGCCCGUAGGUCUCGUUGGUCUUCAGCCACUUGAUGUUAGCGGGGGCAAUACCAAGGGCUUGGGCGGAUUCAGGCGGCUGCUCCCAGAACUUCUGCCAGCCCUCCAGCACGACGCCACCGGGUUCCGAGGUUUCUCGGAGGGACGAGGGUCCGGGCCUCCCAUCCAAGUACUAACCAGGCCCGACCCUGCUUAGCUUCCGAGAUCGGGGGCGUGCUCAGGGUGGUAUGGCCGUAAGCGAGUACAACAGUCAAGAGCGACCUAUUUAAAGAAGACACACAGGCAGGCCAAAGAGAAACAGAUGCUUUUCAACCAGUGGCGUAGCCACAGGUGUGCCAGGGUGUGCCUGUGCCACCCAGAGUGGCAGCUGGCACACCUAAAAAUAGACGCAGAAUUAUUUUUUAUAGUCUCAAUAAAAAAUGUUUACUAAA